GGCGCGGCCUCCUCCCGGGCGCUGCGUCUUCGCAGGCUCUGCGGUCCUCGGCGGAAGGUAGCGGCCUUGGGACCUUCCCCAGGGGCUCGGUCCCCGCGCCUCCCGCCUCCCAGGGUCUCCGGCCUAGCUGGGGGGACCUCCGUUUUCCUCGCGGCCUCCCGCCGUCCCGCCCUGGUCCUCCCUGGGGGUCGCAGGCGUCCCCUCCCCGCCGUGACCCCUCACACCUCCGCGGGGGACCUCCAGGCAGGACUCUUCGCCCACAGUCACGGGGAAACCUCUGAGGAGUCCCUGGCCGACGGCAGAACAGCGAGGGAUGGACGCGGGUUCCUAGCAUCUUCCGUGGCACGAACCCCGGGACGUCAGCGAUUUUUCUUGAAAUUGCACGCUCCGAUUUGUUUGAAAUAAAGGCUCUCGUGACUGACUGGCGUUGCUGAUUGGUCACUGGUAUCUCAGCAAGCAUGGAGAUGAGAUUAGAAGUUUUGACAUCAACAAGUAUCAAGCAGAAAAAACCCUGGCCCAGAGUGUCCUGGUUGGGUCAAGAAAAUGAAGCUGUUUUUCUUUUGGAUGAGAAAUUGAUAAAUGAGAUUAAUUUGCUGUCAGGAAGAACAAAGAAGAAGAUCCCUAGUCUGCAGCCUUUGUUGAAGGAUGUUGUUUUCCUGGCAACAUCCACUGAUGAUGUGUGGCUGUCUGGGGUCCUCACUACAGGAGAACUGUUCCUGUGGAACAAAGAUCAGGAUUGUUUGAAAAAGAUACAAGUGACUGAAAAGCCUAAAGAAGCUAUUAAAGCGGCAAUAGCAAACUCUUCAAGACUAUACUUAUAUGUAGCUGAAAAUGGGAAAAGAAUUCUGCUUAUCACAUCUUCUGGCUGCAUACUUCUGUGGGAAUAUUUGGAAUUGAAGACUAUCUUCUCUUCUAAAAGCCUUUCUUUGGUGGGCCAGUGGUCCCAGAUUGUGCCCGAAGAAGCAGUUUUAUUGCCUUCCACUAAAGAUAAAGAAGCCGUAGUGGAUGCUGUUUUUGUAAAGAACGAGUUACUUGGCGACUGCUGCCUGUGUUCGUUUACUUUUUAUUCUGGAGAAUGCUUGAAGUUAACAUUUCUGGCCAUUCAGUGGUAUGAGAAUAUAUUUACAUCUGUAAGGUCGUUGCUGUUCCGUGUUCACUGGGCACAACAGGAAUGUCCUCUGUGUGAUCUGAUUCCUAAGUGUGCUUCUUUAAAGUCAAGAGGAGCUCUGAUCUCUGCCUUCUCAAGAGAUGGCCUUGCCCUAGCAGUGACUCUUAAUCAGAAAGACCCAACGGCAACUCAGGUGUUAUUUAUAAACACACUGAAUUUUGUUACUCUCUGUGGUGGCCUUAAAGGAUGUAGUAAUAAGAAUCCCAUGGUCCCAGCUUCACUUACCAGGUCAUACUGGGUAGGGGACAUCAGCUGGACGCAUGACAGCCUUUUUCUGGCUUGUGUAUUAAAACGUGGCUCCCUGGUUUUACUGACCUGUCUAGGUGAAUUGCUAACAUUAGUUACAUUUGGUUGCUCUAUAGAAUUUGGGCCAGCUGAAUUUAUUCCUCUUCAUCCACUAAUAACAUAUAGACCACAGCAGCUUCCAUUUCAAGAUUCAAAUAAUUCUGUAGAUUCAUCAGCCUCUGAGAGUGACCCUCUGAGACAGAGGUUUUCUGUAAAAGCACACUCACGGCUGCCAUUCCUCAUUAUCUCUGAUGGAUACAUGGUCACAACCCUGCGGUUUCUUGAUAACCAGUCUCCAACAGUGCUCAUGAGGUCCUUGCUUCUUGAUUCAACCCAGAGGCUUGAGAAAGCGUACCAGAGUAUGAUGCUGUCUAAGCCCAAGGACAAAGGGCUGAAUUUCCGAUCUCUGGAUUCCUUGAGGUCUAGCCUGUUGAAACAUCAAGGAAAGGAAAGCUCAGUACAUUGCACUGUCCCCAGAUUUUUGCAGGCAGAAGAAACAAUGAAGUUAAAUGAAACCACAGAUUUUCAGGAUUUUGAAGGAGAAGAAACUAAUGAAGUUGAACAAUUUGUAAACAAUUCAUCUUCUUUUUGUAACCAAAGAAAAGCUCUACAGUUCAAUAUGGUCAAGGAAGGAAGAUUGGAGUUUGCAUCUAUGUUUGAUACAGUUCAUGCAAAGGAUGAGUCCAAGGAGGCAGACAGAACCACUGUAGAACUGCACUGUAUCCAGAAAACACUGCUUGCAGCUUGGACUAUAGGAAUUUCAAAACAUGUAACAGAAAAAAAGUUAAUGUUAAAUUACACAGUUCUCUGCAUCACUCAUUUUUUCUAUAUUCUUCAGUUUAUAAAAUGUCCUGUGCCUAAGUCUGACCUGUUUUUACAUAAGAGUCUGAAGCGUAGCGCAUGGGUACUUUGUGUCUUUCGACUCUUUGAUCAGUGUUUAUCAGUCCACUAUUGGGAUAUGAGAUACAGACAAAGCAUGGGCCAUUUGAUAAAGCUCACCGCAAAUACUAUAAAGCUCUUACUGACUCUGCGACAAGAGCAUGGGUCAUUCUCAGAGAGGCUUUUGGCCUGCCUGUCUUUACUGCGAACUGUGACAGUCCAUUUAAAUGGCACAUGCAGUCUUCAGCCUGAGGCUGUCCCAGCAGCCGCUGACAAAAGUAGACCAGCAGAGCUAGACUCGUUAAUGGUACCUGUUUUUCAAGCUUCUAAGGGAAAUUGGCCUUGGGACUCAUCUUUAAAGAUUUAUCCUCAAGUGACAAAUCUUGUUCAGAAGCCAGGUCACAGAUUGAUUCCUCUUUGGAGACUACUGUACAAGAAAACUUUAUGGUAUCAAGCACAAUUAAGCCGAAGAACUGAUGGUGACAGACAAUUAACUGAAAAUAUAAGACAUGAAGUAUCUCUUGUCAAGACUCUGUUAUGUCACGUCCAGACUAACCUGCAGAUAGCUGGGGAUAGCUUGAGUCAAGUCUUAGAACUUACCCCUAUCAGUGGUGAAGAGUGUUUCCUGUUAGCAUCAUAUGAAAAGUCAGUUUGCCUGUGGAAGAAGGCUCUACGAGAAACCCAAGAGAAAGGAGGAAGAAGGACGCGUUUUCUUCAGUUACGUUACUAUCUCUCUCUCUUGUACUGUCAUCUCUACUGCUAUAAUUUAAAUGAUGCUCAAGGAUUAUGUGAUCAUCUAGUCAGAGAACUACUCAGCCGGUCCCAAUUACCUGUAAAAGAAAGUAAAGAUUGUUCAGAUUCUGAGAUUGCAGUGACUGGAAAUGUCCACCCCGAGGCAGCACUCAGAGUUGUCCAGUGCAUGGCCCGCUUCAUGGCUGCCUAUUUCACCAAUGAGCCACUCUUCGUCCUGCCACCUCACAGUGUGAGUGUUCUCCCUCCGCUUCAUGUGCAAACAGAGCAUUCCCUGAGACUUAUUCCUCUACAACACUCUAAGGUGGCCAGUAUUGUUAGAGAUCAGAAUCUCUCAAAUGUGUGGACAGUUGAAUAUACCCUCGAAUUAUUAUUUGUUGGUGGCCUGAUUCCAGAGGCUGUGUGGAUGGCACAUAAACUUGGAGACUGGAAGACAUCUGUUUCCAUUGGUGUGGCCUUCCAAGUGUUCUGUAAACAUGAUUGCAAUUCUGUGCGGUCCAAGAGAAAGGGUAUGGACCUACCAUUAAAUAUGACACCAGCGCAGAUUUUCCAGGAAAGGCUGCGGUGCUUCUUAGGUCAGCCAGUCUCUUUGGCAGCAAAAAAUGAAAAGGGUUCAAAAUAUAAGCAAUUUACAGAUCCCAUUGAAGAAGAAGAUGCUGGUCUGCUGUUUGGGUCUGUGCAAGAAGUGCUGAAGGCAUCAGUCAUGGCUGAUGCAGACAUUGUUUCAGAAACACUACAACUGUUGAUGGACUCCGCGAAGGACUUCAGUAAGAAGCUGUGGGGCUUAGUGCCUGUCGAUUUGUAUCUUCCCGCGCCUCCACUGUAUUGCCCCCAGCCAGCUGUUCUUAGUGAGGAACAUGGUGACAACCUUCUUUUAAAAGCUGAAAAAGAUAAUCGCCAAAAGCUGUCUGGAAUCCUGCAGCGAGUUCUCCUGCUGUUCCGGGCAUCUCGGUGUUCUUUUCCUGUAGCACAGUGGUACAUCUUACAGCUGAGAUGGGCAAGGAAGGUGAUGCAGAAGAUUCGAGUGAAAGGGUCCCUUCCCUCUCUUGGUUCUUUCCCCGAAUCCUUACUUAAUUACUGUAAAGGAGGGAUAGCAUUCUUUAGACCUGGAGCAUCUGGAGACCACACACUUGAUGAAGUUUCCGUCAAAGCCCUAGGUUGCUUCAGAGAACUUUGUGCUUUGUGUUGGAUGUUGCACAUCCGGGAUAAGUUAUCAUACACCUGCAGGCAGUAUCAGAAAGCAAGAGAGAAUGCCAAGAUAGAAAAGGACCUUGAGGUGGAGUUUGAUUCUUGUGUGGUUGAGCACUGUUUUCAUGCACUGGAAUGGGCCUGUAGGAUGCUACCAUUCUCUCGGUUUUUUAAUAUGGAAGAACUUAUUCAAGAUAUAAUUUUGAGCCUUAUUGGAGAACUGCCACCAAUCAGAAAGGUAGCAGAAAUUUUUGUGAAAGCGUUUCCUAAUCCUGAGGCCAUAAGGGUUCCUUUAAGAGAAAAAUACCACUCUCUUCAUCAGAAGCUCAGACAUGGGGCUGUGAAAGGUCCUCAGACUGAGGAACUGAUGUCUGUGGUCAUGCGGUCUGUCCGGAAAGUGAGGAGGAAAGCUCUGAAGCGCGUGCAGAGGAACAUAGGUGCUGUUGAGAUGGAUCUUUGGGAGCCAGAUGAAGACAAGCCAGCCGCCGCCGCUGCUGCCACUGACAGGUUCUCCCUGGGGACCAGUGUGAGCAGAAGUACACUCACCUUAGACCUGGGCAGUUCUCUGCUACACAGUGAUGCUGAUACCUUCUCUGAAACCUUGUCUUUUGAAGAAAAAACUUGGAUACACUUGUAUCAAAGGCAUGCCCCAAGUCAUAUGGAAUUAGCACUGGUUGGUAAGCCUAGUGAUAAAAAGAAAAUAAGUAAUCAGAAAGAAAAUUCCCAAAGGAAAGAAGAUGACGAGACACCAGGGGGGAAAGCACUGCCUAUAAUUGGUGUUUGGGAAUUUGAACGUGAUGAUGAUGAGUAUAUUAACUUCCUGGAGCUCUUCCUGAGUUAUGUUCUUGAAAGAGACCUUUGUUCCGGUGAUCCUGGCAUUCCAUUCUUGACAAGCUUUUCUGGGCGCCUUAGAGAACACGAACUUAAUUCUUUACUUUUUGAUGUACACACAACAUUAAAACGACGCCAGAGCAAGACCAUCAGUGAGCAUGUGUAUAGAGCUGGUUCCUGCUUUGCUGUCACUCCUGAGUCACAGGAAUCUGAAAACCUGUCCUCUCUAAACAGCGCGGGUGCCAGAGAUUUAGAAAGCCAGGCCCUUUCAGCUUCAGAGCCAGGUAACCAGUUAGGGAGCGCCUCCGAGAACCCUCUGUCUGAAGUCAGGAACCUCGAAAGAAGGGCAGGAUUGUUUGGCUUAAAACAAAAGCCAGUGUAUAGAGUUCCAGAUGACAAGCGAGAGAAACCCACAGUGCAGAGGUCAUCACGCCAUUCCUUUUGGGUUCCUGAGUCCAUUAAACCCGGAAGACACAGAUUCCGAGCUCUUGAGGGUAGUGCUGGCCCCCCUGGGGAAGACCUUCCUCUGGCACUGCAGAACAUGUUCGGCGAUUCGGGGAGACUGGUAGAGUGGAUGAUCCGCUGGUCAGAUCGGAGACUGCUCUGUGAUCCUGGAGUCAGUCUGUCAUCCUGUAAAUACAGUCCAGUAAUUCGUGUGAAGACCUCCACAGCUGCCAUUCUUACCUCCUUAUGGCUUCUGGAGCAACCCUACUCUGCUGCAUAUACAGCAAAAAAUGGCAUUAUUAAGGUUCUAGAGCACCGCCGCACUGAGCCUCGGGUGGCAGCUGAGAUGGAGAGUGACACGGACGCUGACUGUCCAGCUGCAGUAGCAGCUCAGGAAGGGACCGAGUGCCAUCAGAGCCCCUGGAAUAGAAUGCCAGCUGAAGCAGAAAACAGUGGAGUGAAAGACACUGAUGAUGAGAUUAUUCCUGUUACUUUGGGGACUGAGAGAGAGCUUGUGCAUGCUGACAAGAGUCAUUCCGAAGUAGAGUCAUCUACACAAGAUGAGAUGGAUGUGCAUAUCUCAGACUCUGAAGAAGGACCCGUUGAGAGUCUGAGAGGUCCCAGUGCUGUCAUCUGCAUGCCAGCAUCACAGCUCUCAUCAGAGCUUUCCGCAGAAGAGACUCAGUGUUCCAGGAAAGAACCACGAGAGACCAGCGUGGAUACAAAAUUGACAGAACAGGAAGGUACCGUUGAAGCCUUGUCAGAAUCUGCACAUAUCGUUCCUCAGUCAUUUUGUAUAGAUGCAAAUUCAGAAACUUCUAGUGCACAGAUUUCUGACCUUAAAGAAAAAUCACCCACAGUUCCACCGCUCAUGUCAAAUGGAGCCCGGGUUACUUCACAGACACCUCAGAAGACUCAGGGCAAUGAACACGGGGUUCAGUUACCAGAUUCUUCUGAUUCUGUUAGGCAGAUGCUCCAAGAUGAGAUGUUUAAAUUAGUUCAGCUCCAGCAGAUCAAUUUUCUGAGCCUGAUGCAAAUAGUGGGACCAUCGGUUGCUAAUCUCCCAGACAUGCAUGGACUUCUUCAGCAGGCUCAGUCUGUGCGUUCUGGGGAAAGCCAAGUAUCAAACUCCACCAGGAGCGAUUGUAUUGAAGUCAACAGCAGACAGAGAGUUUGGGCCAAAGCACAAUCCACGGGAGAGUGCCCCAGGGAGCCUGGCAAGAACAGCCCACCAGACCACGAAAGAAUUAACCAGCCUGAUCAAGAUAGUAGUGGAGAUACACAGGAUAUUCCGCAUGGGAGUGUUCCUUUGUGUCAAUUAGAUGGCCAGUCUAAGGUGAGAGGACAAGCUGGAGCACCUAGAAGCUUCGCACCUCCUUCCUUCUCCCCUGCUCCUGCUGCAGAUAGCGGCCUCCAGCUUUUGUUCACACCUGCUGCAGUCCAGAAGCCACCUCAGCUGAUCCCACCUGCCCGAGCAGGCACUCCCGGCCGUGGCUUUCCUCUGCUUCAUUUUCAGCCCAAGCGUGACUUCAAGCCCCUUUCCUUACCUAUAGGGAGAAUUCCACAAGUUCCUUUCAGGCCCCAAGCCCAACCAAAAGAGGCUUGGAGCCCAUCGGACUCUUGCCAACCUCCUGUGUCUCAGAGAACAGUGCAUACCACAUUACCAUCUCCUUCAGAUUGGAGCCACUGUAAUGCUGAAGCCAUGAGAAAAGCAGAGGCUAUCCUCACCGGCAUCCCGAAGCAUGUGAACGUGGGUCAGUACAUUGGGCAAGGGUACUUGACACCUCAGCAGGAUUGCUCAGUAUUUAUAAAGCCAGAAAAUGUGUUUGAUGUUAAACCAAGGCCCCCUGAGACAGCUCUUCAGAAUUCUUUUGGACUUCCUUUAUUACACCUGCAGUUUAAGCCUCCUUAUGUAUUCUCAGCACCACCAAGAGCAUGCAGUAGAUUUCCCUCAGUACCUGGCACAGAAGGAAGAAAUCAUCCGCAACUGUCAUUACUUCAUCCAUGCUUGCCCCCAGAGAAUACGUAUAAGAAGCCCCAACUUAUCCCACUUGAAAAUCUCCUGGCAUUUAAAAGAAGCCAACAAAAACUAGCACACAGUGUAUUUGAACAAGGUGAUUCUGCUCAUCUGCAGUUCCUAAAAGUCACUAUGGGAGCAUCUGAGAUAACACAAGGAAAGAAGAGGCAAAGCAGGCGAACCAAGAGGGAGCUGCAGGAAGGAAGAGCUCAGAAGCCGAGAAGAAAACCAAGUGUUAGCUUCCGACCAGAGGACUCCCUCAUUAGCAAUGACUCAGAAGUCGUCAUGGAGCCCAAGGAACAACUAGGACAUCAUGAUUCUCAGCAUUUGGAUAAGUUUGACAUUCCUUUUGAAAUGUUAGAAGAUGAUAUUAAUACUUCAGCAGGACUGCAUUUCAUGGCCUCUGUACGAAAGAAAGCGGUGGGAAGUCAUGACGCAAGUACAAACACAGACCCAGAUAAGGAAGGUACUUCCCAAAAAGCUGAUUCUGAAAGUAAUAAAAAUCCACAAGCCACAUCUCCAAGCUCAGGCCAUGAACCAUUAAAAGUUCCACAGCUUUUGAUCCCAGACAUAUAUCUAAAUGUCAGACUUCCCAGUGGAAUAGCAGAGAAACCUUUGUCUCCUUCCCCACCUCACAUGGCUGGACACACGUAUAUAGAUGUGGUUGACAUUGAAGCUGAUGAUCUGUUGGGAUUGCCUGCCUGUGAAGGGCCUUCAGAUGAAGUUACCAAGCAGCAAAGCCACCCUCCACACGUUCCAUCGUCGGCAGAGUUACAUUGUAUGGCAGCUUCAGUUGCCAGUGCUGUUCCCCCUCAUACUUUUCAGAGUCAAGAAUCUGCAAGCUCUACUCGGGGUUUAAUUUCUGAACCUGAACCUGCAAAAGUGACCCAAUCCUGUCAGAGUGGGGAAAGCUGGGGAAAAAGUGUUAUCGAAGCAAAGGAGCCCGAGAGUCCCUCAGUGAAGCCAUCCGACAGACAGCAGGACAGAGAUAUACUAGAACAAAACUUCCAGUUCAAGGAACAGAGCACAAAAUCGGACUCUGUGGGACAGUCCCUGCUUUGGACCCUGCUACAGGAUGCCUCUCCUGCGUGUCCCACACCAAGCCCUGCUGUGUGUCCCCGUCCAAGCUCUCCUGCGUGUCCCCGUCCAAGCUCUCCUGCGUGUCCCCGUCCAAGCCCCGCUGCGUGUACCCCUCCAAGUCCUGCUGCGUGUCCCACACCCAGCCCUGCUGCUCAGAAGUUUACACAUCUUACUGCCAAGCUUCAGGAGAUGGAUGAGCAGCUGUUAGCAGUGCAGACCAUUGCAGACAAUAUAGAGCAAGACUUCCCUGCACCACAAGUGCUGAAUCUCCACUGGGAAAAGGCUGGGCAGGGGAAUCAUGUUGGAUUAUCUUCUGGCCCUGACAUUGAAAAGCUACUAGCUUCAAAAGCCAUCAGCAUUUCUGAAGAAGUGUCUUUCCAGACUCAAGAGGAUGUGGAAGAUCAAAAUGAUGCAGAGGAGACUUCAGAGGCUGAGUUUUCAGUAACAGAAAAUCAUUCUAGCCAGAAAACCUACGCAUGCCCUUCUGCGGGGUCUGCUGCUUCCUCUUCUGUGGGCUGGAAUAUCACUUCUCCUGGUGUGAAUGACAACAAUGAAUUAUUUGAAAGUGUUUCAGAAGAUCAGCUCCAGGUGACUGGCUUGACAGAUAUUGCUGACAUCAUUGGUGACCUUAUAACUAAGAGUGGAGUGUCCAGUCACGAGCUUGGCUUAACAGAAUGUCAAGCUAGAAGUAUAUCCAGGAUUCAGCGUCCUCCUGGCCGAGGCCCCCGAAGAACUGAGGAGGAGAGGAGAGAGAUUAAAGCCUGGAUGCGAAGGAAGCAGAAGGAGCGGAUGGCGGAGUACCUAGGUCAGCUGGCGGAAAGGAGGGGGCGGGAGCGCGACCCCUUCUGCUCCACAAGCAGCCCGUUUUAUAUGACUUCAAGGCAGAUCAGGCAAAGACAAAAGCUGAAGCGUGAGAAAGAUAGGUUGCAGCUGUCUAACCACUAUAGCCAGCGACUCUCCCAAGCAUACAGUCUGAUGAAUGAGCUGCUGUCUGACUCGGCCCAGAUAGCCACACCUGCAGACAAACCCGUACCUCACCGACGCCCCACUGCUCAGCGUUGCGGACGGCAGCAGAGCUCCUCUCCAAAGAGAGAGAAUGCACAUGGACAGAAUUUACCUGUAAGUAGACCUGGAGGAGGCAGACAUAUCUCCAGAUCUCGCCAUCCCUGUGAGGGGGAGCCCUUGGGGCAGCCCCGAGGAUCGUCUCAGCUACAAGGCUCCCAGCAGCCUCUGAGAAGCCGUGGGGCUGCAGGGGUGGCUCCUCCAGUGCAGCAGGCGUGCAGAGAGGACGAGAGGGAAGAGAUGGUGGUGAGUCCCUGGACGCUGCCCUUGGAAAUCCACAGGAUUCUUCAUGACGGGCCCGAGUCCCUCCUGCAGGACAUGCUGCCAGCUGACAAGGAAGAGCCCGAGCCCUCUCCUUUGGCAGGUGGCGUGGACAGCGUAUCUGAGAGCACGGGCAGCAUCCUGAGCAAACUUGACUGGAAAGCCAUUGAAGACAUGGUGGCCAGCGUGGAGGAUAAGACCCUGUCUGUGCACUGGGCCUUGGACCAGUAGGACCUGCAUGGCAUUCUCUUUCCCGGCACUGGCCAGAGUCUUAACUGACGUGGGUCUAAGACUGUGAAAUACUGAAAGAAUUUAUAUCCUGCAGCCAUAGGCUUCUCUGAGUUAACCAUUCUAAGAUGGAAAAUAAACUUGUAUCAGUAAUGUUGCCUUUAUGAGGAAAGGUUGUUUAGAGAAAAAGUAUUGUGUUUUAUAUACGAUUCAUCUUAAAUACAUGUCAAGCCA